GUUACGACGUCUCCCUCGCGCAGGUGCCUGGAAACCCCGUGCGGCGACGUUCUGACGGUCAUUCCGCCAUUUGGUACUAGAUCUGACGGGCGGGUGGUGAAGCCGUUCACGGACGUUGUGACUUACCUUGAUUCUGGAAACCAGUUGUAUGACGGUGUUGACACCGCAGUUACGGCCUUGCCCAGCAGCACGCUGACUAGGACCUGUUCUAGGCCGCAUUGUGUCUAUUGUGCUUCACAUCAGGCCGGGCCCUGACACAAGAUAAACGCCUGGAAUCGGGCCCAGAUACCCCCGUAUUCCUUAUAAAAUUAGAACAUAUAUAUCGACGACUGAAUGUUACUUGAGAGCUCCCUUCCCCCGGGAGCUUAGCUCUCCCCGGGGGCCCCGAUCCCACUUGUCGCAGAUAUAGGUAUCACCACCUUUAACUUUUUUUUUUUACCCUUCUAUUGACUACUAAUACUCUAAUACUGAGCACCCCCUCUGAUUAGAUGAUAUAUUGUGGCCAUCUAUUUGCUUAAAGCUAUCACCGAGGCAUCAUCUAAGGGUGCUAACUGGAAUCUACCAGCGAUUUUACUGGAAACCUCCGUAUACAAGUAACGCUUACUGGUAUCAAAGUCACAAAGAUCUGCAAAUACCAUUCCACCUAUCCAGAAACAAGAUGAGGGCGCCUAGGAUCACCCCACAGAUUAAGGAAAUUUACUGAAGUUGCCCCAUGUCCAGAAGCUGCUAAUUGGGGCCCACUAUAUAAAUCGAGUGGAGUUCAAUUUCUACUCCAGUUUGAUGGUAGUUUGAGGCUGGAUCACAGUGUGGAGGAAAUCUAUUUGUAAGCUGUAACUAUUUCUUGGGAGAUCUCUACUGACUAAGGGAAUUAGUUGAGAUUGCUUCACAGACUAGAAGAAUCUACUGGGAUCAUCUCCACGGACUAAGUGAAUUUAUUGGGAUUACCCCUACAGACUUGAGGGACUUUACUGGGAUCAUCCCCACAGACUGAGGGACUUUUGAGCACCUUUUGGACUUGAGGGUGUUUGCCUGGUUUAGAGACUGUAGGCACUUUAUGGGAUCACCAUAUGCACUGACUUUUGUGCCACCCUAAGAACACUUAUUGGACUAUAUUGACUGUUUAUGAAACAAGAUAUCAAGGCUUCCACUGGACUCAUAGCCACAUAACAGAAGAUCUGCCCUGUGUAUAGGGGAAGACAAAGGACUGUACUUCUCUUCUGGGCUCCUUGGUGGCUGUUGCAGCCCCUGGGGCUUUUUAAAGAACACUCUCUCCUGUGCCUGACCAAGCUCCCUCCUGUGUGUGUAUGUAUGUGCGGUAUGGUUGUGCUGGGGGGACGCGUGUGAGCUGUAUGUGAAGGAGGUUGAGAGGCAGUGUGCAGUUUGACAGUCGUGUAAUAUCUAUCAUAUAUAUAAAUAUAUAAACAUGUCGUGUGUGCAUUAUAAGUUUUCCUCCAAACUGAACUAUGACACAGUCACCUUCGAUGGGUUGCACAUCUCACUGUGUGACUUGAAAAAGCAGAUCAUGGGUCGGGAAAGGCUGAAGGCGACCGACUGCGACCUGCAGAUCACCAAUGCCCAGACUCAAGAAGAAUACACUGAUGAAACUGCGCUGAUCCCUAAAAACUCAUCCGUCAUUGUCCGAAGAAUUCCCAUUGGAGGUGUUAAAACUGCAACCAAAACAUAUGUCAUAAAUCGUGCUGAGCCAGUGAGUGGACCGUCAAAACCAAUUGAUGACGCUGCUUCAUCUAUUUCAAUGGCCCAACUUGCUAAGACUGCCAAUCUAGCUGAAGCAAAUGCAUCUGAAGAGGAUAAAAUCAAAGCAAUGAUGACUCAAUCUGGCCAUGAAUAUGACCCUAUCAACUAUAUGAAAAAACCUCUGGGCCCUCCGCCACCAACCUACACCUGUUUUCGAUGUUUGAAACCUGGACAUUACAUUAAGAACUGCCCUACUAAUGGGGACAAAAGCUUUGAAUCUGUUCCCAGGAUAAAGAAAAGCACUGGUAUCCCUCGUAGCUUUAUGGUAGAGGUUGAAGAUCCGAGUAUGAAAGGAGCAAUGCUUACAAACACUGGAAAAUAUGCCAUACCAACUAUUGAUGCAGUGGCCUAUGCCAUGGGGAAAAAGGAGAAGCCACCUUUUCUUCCUAAAGAUCAGUCAUCGUCUUCUGAAGAUGAAGACCCUAUUCCUGAUGAGCUUCUAUGUCUUAUUUGCAAAGAUAUGAUGAGCGAUGCAGUGGUUAUACCCUGCUGCGGAAAUAGUUACUGUGACGAAUGUGUUCGGACAGCACUUCUGGAAUCUGAAGAACACACUUGUCCAACUUGUCACCAGACAGAUGUUUCUCCGGAUGCUUUAAUUGCCAACAAAUUUUUGCGACAGGCUGUCAACAACUUUAAAAAUGAAACUGGGUACACCAAGCGGCUUCGAAAACAGCCUCAGCCAGCUAAACGAAGCCUGACAGCAGCACCCUCAAGCAGCACCCAGCAAAGUUCACGCUCUUUGCCAUCACGCCAGCAAGACCCACUUGUUGCUCCGGCUGAUCCUGUGACAUCUGCUCCCGCUCCCAACCCAGCACCUACAACUGCCAUUCAGAGCCAAGCCCCUAUUUCAAACACUGCACAAACCAGCCCUCCGCCUCGUUCUGUCUCCCCCACAGACCCUCCACAAGCAGUGCCGCCUCCAGCCCACAAAGAGAGGGAGAAAGAGCAGGAGAGGGACAGAGAGCCGGAGAGAGACAGAGCUGACCCUGGAUUUCAUCGUCAGGAAAAGGCUGUUUCUCGCCCAAGUUCCAUGACUGCCAAUACGUUAGGAUCUGGAAGCUCCUUACCGUUAAAUAACAAUGCUCUCAUAUCUGAUAAGGGCUUUCAUGUUCCUGUGCUUGGCCAGCUUCAGUCUCUGGCCCAGUGUCUUCCUGCUCCAACUCCACUAAUGAGGGCCAAUAUUCCCAGACCUUCAGGGCCAAGACCACUAAUGGGUUGGGAUGGUCCCAACCGAGGACGCCCUCUACACAACGAUCGCAACCCUAGGAACCAGAAUCCUUCCUUGACAUCGUCGGGACCUGUUUAUGUCCAUCCUCCCCCACCCAUGUAUCCUCCCCCUCCACCACAUUCAAUUCCUCUCCCUCCAGGUGUUCCCCCUCCUCAAUUUCCGCCUCAGUUUCCUCCUAACCAACCAGCAACUGGAGGCUAUAACGUUCCUCCUCCUGGGUUUCCUUCGGCUCCUGCUAACAUGUCUGCUCCGUGGGUGGGUCCCACAGUACCAAACCCACACAACAAUGCACUACCAGCUCAGUCACACGCUCCUCCUCUUUCCAAAGAGGAAUUUUACAGAGAGCAGCGCCGGCUGAAAGAAGAAGAAAAAAAGAAAUCUAAACUUGACGAAUUUACAAACGACUUUGCAAAGGAAUUACUAGAAUACAAGAAAAUUCAGAAAGAACGCCGGAGGUCCUAUUCUAGAUCCAAAUCUCCAUACACUGGAUCAUCCUACUCUAAAAGUUCAUAUUCCUACUCCAAGUCAAGGUCAGGUUCUUCACGCUCUCGUUCUUACUCUCGAUCCUUCAGUCGUUCCAGAUCUCGUUCCUUCUCAAGAUCUCCUUCCCAUCAAAGAAAAGCCCAUGGGAAAGGCCGUGCUUAUCGCUCCAGAUCCAGGUCUCCUGGAUAUCAACGAUCUAGAUCAAGGUCUCCGUACAGACGAUACCACUCUCGCUCCAGGUCUCCAGUGUACAGACCUCCUUCACCUAACAAGCGAGUAAUUCCUCCACAAGGAGAGAAUGAACGUGACUACUUUAACAGAUAUCAUGGAAUGCCGCCUCAAUAUGAAAUGAAAGUGUUUUAUGGUCGCCAAUCUGAUGCAAGAGAACAGGAGAGAUAUAGAGAGUAUGAAAGAAAAUAUAGGGAGUGGUAUGAGAAUUAUUAUAAAGGAUGUGCAGCAAAUCCUCCUCCAAGGCAAAGGUCGCCUAUGAAUAGAGAGAACUUUUCUCCCAAACGUUUUCCUCCACCACCUCAUGCUCGCAGGGAUAACUCGCCUUAUUCUAGAGGGCGCAGAGAUGAUUAUCCUCCUCCAUUAAUACCUCGGAUUCGUCCAGUAGUGGGGCCUUAUCAGGAAAAGCUUCUUCCACGUGAUAAUAGAAACAUAAAGGAGACCAGAAAAUCAAAGGAAAGAGAACCCAUAAACCCAUCUGGUGACCUUAAAGGAGGCAAGCACAAGAAACAUCGCAAGAGGAGGAAGGGAGAGGAAAGUGAAGUAUUACCUAAAGGAGAUGUGGACAUUACCAAGAAGUCCAGAGAUCAACGUGGAGAUGAUGUAAAAAAGAAUGAAUCAGUCUUUGUUCCCACCAGUAAAGAUGAUGCCACCCCAGUGAGAGACGAACCAAUGGAUGCUGAAUCUAUUGCUCUUAAACCCCUGUCAGAAAAGGAUAAGAAAGAAAAGCCAAAAGCAAAAUCUGAUAAAACAAAACGUAAGGCAGAUGGAGCAUUGCCUAAAAAGGAAAGCUCUUCUAAAGUAGUUAAAAUUGAAAAAGCAGCGAGUGACGGAGAUAAAGGAAAAUCUACAGGGACUGAACCACAAUCCAAGAAACCCAAAGAGGAGACUCAAAAAGGAGAUAACACCAAGCCUCCUCAACCACAUAAAGAGGAUAAGGCAGCCUUACUCCCACGCAAGGUCCAUCUCAAGAUGAUGAAGGAAAGCAAUGACAACAAACAAACUGAAAGCAAACAAACUGAUAACAAGCAAACUGACAAGCUAACAGAAGACGAUAAGAACAAAAAAGAACAACCCAAAGAGUCAAAACAGGACAAACCUUCAAAUAAAGAGACAACUAAAAAAUCUGGGGACAAAGCCCGACCGGCUGAGCCCAAAGCUGAGAAACGGAAAAGAAAACCUGAUGAUAACGUGCUAGAAAAGGAGCAGGAAAAAACUGUAAAAAUCAUAAAAACUGAGGGUGUGGAAGCCAUAAAGCCUGUAACCUCCAAGGAAAAAACGGAAGCAGAUACGAUAAAGACAGAAAAGGUACCAGAAGAGCUACCAGAGAAGAGCAAACCUGCUUCUACAGCUGUGAAAAAAAUUAAACUGAACCGUGAAACUGGGAAGAAAAUUACAACCACUGAUGUCACCAGUAAUGUAGAAGAGGGGCAAGUUAAAGUGGAAUCUGCCACAAUGAACAAACCUAAACCUGAGCGAAUAAAGGGCAAGGGGAAAAGGAAACUGCCUCUACCUGAUGGGACUGGCUCCACUCUGGUGGACUAUACCAGCACAAGUUCAACUGGAGGAAGUCCUGUCCAGAAGGGCGAAGAGAAAGUGGACACCAAAAGAACGGUUAUUAAAACGGUUGAAGAGUAUAACAAUGACAACACCACUCCAGCAGAAGAUGUUAUCAUUUUAAUACAGGUUCCACAGUCUAAGUGGGACAAGGAUGAUUUUGAGUCAGAUGACGACUCUAAGGACACGCCGAGUGGCUCUACUGCUGGAAAGCCUAUGAGUGUGGUAACAAAUGUGAGUGCAAAGCCUCUACCUGUUGUAUCAGUUUCUGAGAAAGAGCCUGUGUCAUCAGAGAAUGCAAAGCCAUCCCCAAAACAAGUAAUUGAGGGAGCAACACAAGAUAGCAAAAAUUCAAAAGAUUCUGCAGUUUCCAAGAGCAGGACAAAGGACAAAGAGAGUCCUGUUUCUGAGAAAGAAGCUUCUGACAAAAGGAAAGGAAAUGCACAGACUGACAGCAGUGCUGAUCGUGUAAGUCAGCAGCCCUCUAAAGAAAAAACAUCCGAAAAGCAUGAAUCAGGGCGAUGCUCCUCAAGCAAAGACUUUACUCCCAACCGUGAUAAGAGGCUUGACCAUAACGAUGGCAAAGAUCGAAAGCAGGAUCCAGAUAAUAGAGAAAAGGAUAAAAAACAGGAGCACGAGAGCAGAGAAAGGGACAAAAAGCCAGAGCAUGGCCGGGAGAGAAAAGAGCACGAAAGUAGGGAAAGAAAGCAAGAACAUGACGGCAAAGACAGAGAAAAGAAGCCAGACCAUGACAGCAGGGACAGAGAGAAGAAGCCAGACCAUGACAGCAGGGACAGAGAGAAGAAACAAGAGCAUGACAGCCGUGAUCACACCAGUCUCAAAAGAAGAGAUGAAAGGAGAAAAGAUUCCCCGUUUAGAAGCAGAGACUCAUCUUCGGGUUCCCAGAAAGCUAAACCUAGGAGCACACAAAGCGAUACAUCUAGAAAAGAUCCAGGGGAAUCAAAGCGGAGUAGCUACAGCCCAGCACGAGAACGAAAAUCCCACAGUGAGCAGAAACUGCCUUCUGAAGUUAAACGUGCUAGUGAUCAAAAGUCCUCUGAGAGCAGUAAAGUCAGUGAAAGGGGCAGAGAAAAAACUAAAUCAAAACCUGUAGAGGAGAAAAGUGAUAAAUCUACCUCUAAACGAGCCUCACCAGAAACAAAGACUGAUAAAGAAGCUGGUGAUACGGACUCUAACAAGCCCAAAGUGGCUCAGGUGCGAUCCUCAAGACUUUCCUCUGAUAUAACUAAAGAGACUGAUGAGGCUUCCUUUGUGCCAGAUUAUAAUGAUAGUGACAGUGACGCGUCUGUAAAGGAGGAGGAUGUCCCAACUCAAGACUCUCAGGAAACAAAAGGAAAGGAUGACAAAGUACCAGAAGGUGCAGCUACUGGCAACUCAACUCAACCUGCCACAAGCACUCCCAGCGUCAGUCGUAGCCAUAGUCCUGCGGAGAGCGUGUCGCACAGUAGCAGCGCUAGCUCAAUAGGAAGCCAAGACAGCAAGAAAAAGAAAAAAAGGAAAGAAAAGAAAAAACAUAAGAAGCAUAAGAAACAUAAGAAACACAAGAAGCACACAGGAAAUGAAUCAGAGACUGAGAAAAAUCAGAAACACAAACACAAGAAGAAAAAGUCUAAGAAAAGUAAAGACAAAGAGGUAGAGAAAGAAGAAGCCAAGCCUAAAUUAUAAGUCCAUAAAAGCCAACGUGUUUUGCGAGCUUAUACCUCGCUGUCUGUAUUAAUUUGUUUUCCAUUCAAUGUAAAUAAAUAAUAUAAUGUAAAUAAUGGAAAACUUUGACGAACUUAAUAUAUUCCUGAUUAUCUGACUUUUACAUGAGAGCUUUAUAAAAUUAACAUUUUUGUACAUAUAAUGGAGUGUUGUGACCAUACUGGAAAUGAUUUGGGUUUCAUUCAGUAUAUUUUUUUAUUUUAUUCCUGGGCAUUUUGAGUUUAUCCAUCGAUUAGGUGGAAUUUAUUGUACUGUGAAAAUUUUCACUUUUUUUUUUACUAUUUUUAUUUGAAUUGCCUGGAGACUAAGAACAAUUGCUGCUCUACAUUUUUAAAGUAUGAGAAACCUAUCAGUGAUGACUUCAGAUUAUUGCAACCCUGUAAUGUCACUUUAUGAUUGCAAUAAAGAUUUUCAAUAAAGCGUUUUAAAGGCAGUUAACUCAUACUAAAAAAAAAUAAAGCAAUCGUUUGCAAGAGGAUAACAUAAUGGUUCAAAUGCCUCCAUUUGCUACAUUUCCUUGGGGUACGUUCACUUCAUUUAGAAACCUCAUAGUCAGACAUUUGUAGUUUUGUGUUUGUAUUACAAAUGUAUGAUUGGACAACAAAUACAUUUCCUGAAGCUUCAUGCAAUAAAUGGGGUAAAUACAUUUAAAAUUAUUUAGCCUUCUCACAUAGGAACAUAAAAGGUCUUACAUUUAAAAUGUAUUACUGAUUUUAAGAAAUACUUUAUAAAGGGAAAUUUAAGUACUAGUCUAUAUCAGAUAAGUAGAUGUUGCACCUGUUGCGUAACUAAAAAUGUAGGAUGUACAAUCCCACUGAUUCAUUUACGUGCCUGCAAAUGCAGAAUUUGGUUCAGCUAGUUACUGAUGUAUUAAAGCAUCACUGAUUUCUUUGAUAAUCAGCUGAGAAAAUGUUAGGCUUAGCUGCCUACUAAGUUGAAUAAAUAUAUGCAUAUUCACAUGUUAUCGUUGUAUAAAACAAAGACUGUCUUUUGUCCUUCCCUUUUUGCACUUUUUGGAGUUUUUCUUCUUUUAAUUAUCAUUAUUAUUUUAAGUUUCAUGAUAUUUGAAAACUAAUGAGAGAGCAAUGUCCGAAGGUCUAAAAUAUUUACAGUGUUAUAUCUUUUAUGUGAAUAAUGAAAAACAGGCAAAUCUACCUCAAAAGUGGUGUAAAGAUUUUUGGUUUUGUAAAUAAACAAGAAUUUAUAACUGGU